AUGGAACAAGGCGUACCAGUAAACUUUUUCGCAGUAGAACCACGAAAAGAUUGUCCACACACUGAAACAGAUGUUUCGUUCUCAGAUUGGGGUCAAGUAGCAGUGGAUGUAAAACAAGAAUGUCAGACUUGUCAUGAUAAAGAAGAGAAUUGGCGAUGCUUAAAUUGUCAAGGUGUAUUUUGUAGCAGCGACUUGUCGACAUGGUGUUAUGCGUGUGAUGACUAUAUCACUAGUCCAGCAUUACGACAAAUCGAAACAUCUUUCGCGGAGAUAAAGUUUCCCGAUAAUGCGGUGAUUACCAUAGGAGGAGGUUCUUCGUCAUCUUCAUUCACUACCACUCCCACUACUAUUACUAUUAAUAGAGGAAAUGGUAAUGUGCAAAAUGAAGAGAAUAACAGUGGUGGUGGUACUUCCAGUGGUACGAAUGAAUCUAAAGGGAAAAAAGCGGAAGAAUAG